AUAUAGAGAUCACGACUAGUUGACAGGCAUUACCCAGCUCCUUCUUCGGUUUCCAUGGGUCAACCCCACCAUCACGGUGUAAAAAUUAUUGAGCAAUGUUCAAUUUCACCUCCACCAGAUUCCGUUCCACAAACUUCGAUCCCCCUAACAUUCUUCGACCUCCCUUGGUUCUACCUCCAUCCGAUACAACGCAUAUUCUUCUACGAGCUUCCUCAACCCACCACCACUCAACACUUCUUUCCCUUUGCCGGAAACAUUCUUGUCCCUCUUCACCCCGGUAACUUCCCUUACAUUCUCUACUCCGAUGGUGACUCUGUUUCUUUCACUGUGGCCGAGUCCCAUGAAGAUUUUAACAACUUUGUCGCUAAUGCUCCAACACAUCUUAGAGACCUUAACCUUCUUGCUCCGGUCUUUCCUUCUCCGCUUACAACACAAGACGGUGGAAAGUUGCUUCCUCUAAUGGCGGUUCAGAUCACUGUCCUACCCAACUAUGGCUUCAGCAUGUGCGUCGGCUUUAAUCACGUUGUUGCUGACGGAAGAGCCUUUCAUCAUUUCAUCAAGUUCUGGGCUUCCGUUUGUAGGACAAGAGGUGAAGACAUGGAUUCCGUUAAAGAAUCUCUUCAACUGCCACUACACAACAGAGACGCCAUCGAAGACUGGAGAGGGCUAAAGCUCGUUUUCUUGGAGGAACUUUCAAGUUCUUUUACGAAGAUCGUGAAGUCUUUUGGCAUACUUGUUGAUGUUCCCAGUGACAAGGUUCGCUUUACGUUUACCCUGAGCCGUGAGCAGGUGGAGAAAAUCAAGAAAUGGAUAUACCUUGAAUGCAAAAAAAUGGGAUUAAGUACAGAGUCGUUGAUCAUAUCGACCUAUGUGGUGACUUGUUCUUUGCUUUGGGUAUGCAUGGUAAAAUAUUAUUACAUUAAUACUGAUGCCUAUGAAACAUGCAAGUUUACAUUCCCAGCAGAUUGUCGAAACUGUGGAGAAUUGUCUAUUCCAUCGACAUACUUUGGAAACUGCCUUUCUCGGCCGGUCGUGGAACUCGAGAAGGGCAAGCUAGUGGUGGAAAAUGGGAUUGUUGAAGCAGCUAUUGCUAUUGAAAGCAAAAUUAGAGAGUUUAAGUGCGAUGGUUUGAAAGAGAUUGAAGAUUUGAUGACACAUUUUAACGAGUUAGGGACAUCGGAAGAAUGUAGGGUAAUAGCUAUAGGGUCAGCAAAGCAUGAUGUUUAUGAAACUGAUUUUGGGUGGGGAAAGCCCAAGAAAAGUGACGUAAUUCAUGUAUUGCAUUCAAGGGUAUUCUCUCUGUGUGAUUCUAAGGAUGAUAAUGGUGGAGUUGAAAUUGGACUCACUCUUGAAAGGAGUGAAAUGGAAAAUUUCAAUACUAUUUUGAAAGAACACAUUACAAGUAUUAUAGGUUGUGAUUAGACUCUCCUUUUGUGUGUAAUCAGAGAUGAUCUAUCUGAAACUAACUUUUGUUCUA